UAGAGUAUUUUCAGUUGAAUCAUGUUUUCUGUUGCUUGGAACAGACUGUGUUAUUUCAGGACGAGAGUUUGGUUUCCUUCUCCUAGAACAACUACUUGUGUGAAAGUCCAGUCUUUUAACCAACACUUUUAUCAUAGAAAACAGGAAAACCAAAACAGCAGAGAAACUUUUGUGGAUGAAGAGAAUAAGAAGUUAGAAAGAGCUAUUGCUCUUGAGGAAAUGCUUCCUACUGAAGGUAGAGGGACCAAAACGCAAGGCAUGCUAGUUCAAAACCCCGAAUGGUUUCGGCAUUAUUGUGUUUCUUCAGACCAUUUUGGAACUAGUGAAAGACCUAGAAAGGUUCCAACCAUGGGUGAUUCGAGAUUUGUGGGUUGUACAGGACAUAGUGCUCCUAAAGACCAUUCUAUAUGGUGGCUUCAUGUUACCAAGGAAACCAAUGUAAAGUGUCCUUUAUGUGGUCAAGUUUUUCAACUCGUAAAAAUAGACACAGAGUCUUGAAAGUUACUAUCUUUCAAUUGUAAAUGUUUAGUGUUAGUCAAAAAAAUGGCAAAUGAGACUUGAGAAACUAAAGCAUAGAUGCACUUGUCUUUCUUUAGUUACUUGGAUACUUGUGAGUAGCCCAUGAGGAACUUUUUAUUCAUCAAGUUGUAAAAUAACUGUUUUAAAGG